GCCUCUUUCCUGUUAUUUCUCUGCCAGACCAGGAGUCCCCUUGCCCUCCAGGUAGGGGAGCAGGGUUUUCUGAGGGGCAAGUGUCCUUCAAUCCCUCCACUUGGAGAAGAAGGAAUGUAGCCUGGCCGGCUGGUUGGGAUCAAGGAAGAGCUUUGAGACAGGGCGGGGCAGGGGCAGGCUGAGGCGAGGGCUCCUGCUGGCACCUCGCUCCCAGCUGCUGCUACAUGGCAAGGCCCUGCGGCCCACCUUCAGGAGGUGCAGCCAUGUUCUGGGCACCCUGACCCCACAGAAAGCCCAUGGGGAGCCCCGGACUGGCAGCCCUGCUCCUGCCUCUCCUCCAGCUGUCCAUUGGCCUGUCUGCCUCUGCUGGGAUUGGCUGCCCCUACCUUCCCCUGUGGAGCACCCGCUGUCUGCCGGCUUCUCACAUGGAUGACAGUUUCACUGGAAAGUCUGCCCAGAUUACUCGCCAUACCUGGUCGACCCUUGCCCUCUUCCCAAAGCCUUGGUGUGCUUGGAUCUGCCACUGUCCCUGCUGUUGGUGCCUGUAUCUGGUGUCAGGUCCCUCAGGUCUUCAGUGGGGCUGGCUCCAUCUCCUGGUACAGAAAUCCAAAAAGUCUUACAAGUUCCUGUUCUGUAGGAGACAGGGGAUGCCAGCAUCUGCUCAGAUGAAGCUGCUAAGUAGCCGUUGCCUGUCUGAGAAGGGCCAUCACAUCUCCGUCCCCUCCCCAGACACCUCCCAUAAGGGGCUGCGCUCCAAAAGAACCCAGCCUACGGAUCCAGAGGCAGGGGAAGGUCUCUCCAAACCUGGCUCACAAAGGCUUGGAGGGCCUGAGUUCUCUUUUGACUUGCUGCCUGAGGCACGGAUUAUUCAAGUGACCAUUCCUCCAGGCCCUGAGGUCAGUGUGCGUCUUUGCCACCAGUGGGCACUAGAAUGUGAGGAGCUGAGCCGUCCCUUCGAUGCCCAGAAAAUUGUGUCUGGGACACGCACUGUAGACCUGCCUUAUGAAUUCCUUCUGCCCUGUCUGUGCAUCGAGGCAUCCUAUCUGCAAGAGGACACUGUGAGGCGCAAAAAAUGUCCCUUCCAGAGCUGGCCUGAAGCCUAUGGCUCAGACUUCUGGGAGUCAGUGAAGUUUACUGAUCACAGCCAGCACAGUCAGAUGGUCAUGGCCCUGACACUCCGCUGCCCGCUGAAGCUGGAGGCCUCCCUCUGCCAGAGGCAGGACUGGCACACCCUCUGCGAAGACCUCCCCAACGCCACGGCUCAAGAGUCAGAGGGGUGGUAUUUCUUGGAGAAGGUGGACUUGCACCCCCAGCUCUGCUUCAAGUUCUCUUUCGGAAACAGCAGCCACGUUGAAUGCCCCCACCGGACAUUCGCCCCAUCCUGGACUGUGAGCAUGGACACCCAGGCCCAGCAGCUGGUCCUUCACUUCUCUUCAAGGACGCACGCCACCUUCAGUGCUGCCUGGAGCCACCCAGGCUUGGGGCAGGACGACAUGGUGCCGCCUGUGUACAGCGUCAGCCAGACUCAGGGCUCAAGCCCAGUGACACUAGACCUCAUCAUUCCCUUCCUGAGGCCAGGGGACUGUGUCCUGGUGUGGAGGUCAGAUGUCCAGUUUGCCUGGAAGCACCUCUUGUGUCCAGAUGUCUCUCAUAGACGCCUGGGGCUCUUGAUCCUGGCACUGCUGGCCUUCACCACCCUACUGGGCGUUGUUCUGGCCCUCGCCUGCCGGCGCCCACUGUCGGGCCCAGUUCGAGCGCGGCCGGUGCUGCUCCUGCACGUGGCUGACUCCGAGGCUCAGCGGCGCCUGGUGGGAGCGCUGGCUGAAUUGCUGCGGGCCUCGCUGGGCGGCGGGCGCGACGUGAUCGUGGACUUGUGGGAGGGCACGCGGGUAGCGCGCGUGGGCCCGCUGCCCUGGCUUUGGGCGGCGCGGGCGCGCGUGGCGCGGGAGCGGGGCACCGUGCUGCUGCUGUGGAGCGGCGCCAGCCCCAGCCCUGCCGGCGGCCCCGAUCCCCGUGCAGCGCCCUUGCGCGCCCUGCUGCGCGCCGCCCCGCGCCCGCUGCUGCUGCUCGCUUACUUCAGUCGCCUCUGCGCCAAGGGCGACAUUCCCCCGCCGCUGCGCGCCCUGCCCCGCUACCGCCUGCUGCACGACCUGCCGCGCCUGCUGCGGGCGCUGGGCGCGCGGACUUCUACCCAAGCCACCAGCUGGGGCCGCCUCGGGGCCCGGCAGUGCCUGCGGGGUCGCGUGGAGCUGUGCCGCCAGCUGGAACGCGAGGCCGCCAGACUUGCUGACCAAGGCUGAGCAGAACUCACCGCAGUCCAGAUGUCUGUGGCCGCAGGCCCAGGGGAACUGGCUGGAACCCCCGAGUGAGGCUUCUACCCUGGAAUCCUUGGAGUGCCUCCUUGGGGCUACUGGCCAAAGAGCCUUACUCUGCCUCCCAGCGCUGCAGUGGGACAUCACACUCACUGUCCCUGCCCGUUCCUCACGUCCCCAGUCUCUUCCUCAUGCUUCUGCUUCCUCAGAACUCCCAGGGAGAGAGUCAUUCUUUACUGAGAACACGCCUGACCUCAGUCCUGUUGUGGGUGGGGGAUUGUCCCACUUCCUCUCUCCAGAAUUCCAGAUAAUAGCCUGCACGUGCUCCAGUCCAGGCCCGAGAGGUUGAGACAGGGGUUGGGGAGGCAGGAGCUAUGGCAGUUCUGAGUGGGAGGCAGCUCCAGAGGGGGUGGGGGGACAGAAGACCCCUUUGGGAGCCAUGUAUUCCCCUUUUCCAGACCGGGGUCCUGCCCAGAGUGGGAGGGAUGGAGGGCUCUGGACCCAGGGAAAGAGGCUUUGGCCCUGGGUGGUGGGGGCAAAGGUGGGACAGUGGAGAUGGAGAGAGAGAAAGUUGAAUAAAUGUGAACAUGAUGGAUACGCUAAGAAACACAAGGUGCUUCCCCAGUGUGCCCAGGGUGCUGAGUUGGGGGAAGGGUCAGCAAGACCCUGCCUGGGGGUUGUUAUACAUCAUUUUCUGAACCCAAAUCCGCAUCCAUGUCUGUCAUGUUCUCACAAGUAAUGCCUCUGAAAAGGCAAAGGAGGACCCAGAAAUCUCCUUGAUCCUCACUGAUUCUUCAGAGAGAGGAGAGGAAAACACAGCUUCAGAACGGUGGUGUGGGUCCAUGGUCAUGCAGCCAGCCCAUGGCAGCAGCGCAAACAGGACUCUGUCUUCCUGGCUCUGGGUCCUGGGUUCCUUGCCCCCACCCCUCACUUGAGCAUAGGCCAGGAAGUGGUGAAAAGCCCACUUUCUGGUGCCCCUUGUCUCUGCCUUUAGAUCUCCUGUCCCACAAUGAGGCCCAAGGGAAAUGUGUGAAGGGACCUGGGGUGCCCAGUAAGAGGGGCCCCGUGGACACCAAGAUCCCAGAGUCACAUAGGAAGUGAAAAUGCCCCUGGAUUGCCCAGGGCCUGGGCUGUCUCGAGGGAGGGAGCCUUCCUCCUUAAGGACUCCCAGAGUGAGUAAGAGCUCUUACUCAACCAUUAGGCCACCACCCUCUCCAGGGGCCCCUCCCAGCCAGGUGUCAGCAGAGAAGAGGGAGGAGGAAGGGAA